AUGGCUGAUGUAAAAACUUAUAUCGCUAAUUGUGAAAGGUGUGUGGAAAAAUCAAAAAAAAUAAGUACGCGAGGCGUUGUUGUGCGGCCUAUUUUAUCUUCUUUUUUAAAUGAACGUGGGCAAGUGGACCUUGUCGACUUUCAAAGUUUACCCGAUGGAGAUUUUAAAUUUAUUCUUCAUUACAAAGAACACUUGACAAAGUUUUCAUUUUUCCGGCCUCUGAAGUGUAAAAAGGCUUCGGAAGUGGCGAAAGAACUGCUACACAUAUUUUUGACGUUUGGUGCCCCUCAUGUUCUGCAGUCCGAUAAUGGUCGCGAAUUUACUGCCGGUAUUAUAACAGAAUUAGCGUCAUUAUGGCCCGAUUUAAUACUAGUAAACGGUCGGCCACGUUAUCCACAAAGCCAAGGAUCUGUAGAAAGAGGCAAUUGUACGCUGAAGGAUUCACUGGUGGCGUGGAUGCGAGACAACAAAACUGCCGCGUGGAGUUACGGCCUCGCCUUUGUACAAUGGGGCGUUAAUACCACAUACCACGAAGCCAUAAAGAUGACUCCGUAUGAAGCAGUUUUUGGUCAAAAACCACGAAUGGGACUGGCAACAAAAGUACCUCGAGAAUUAUUGGACAAUAUAAUGACAGGAACGCUAGAAGAGGAUAUGUUGGACAUGCUUUUUGAUCCACCUACUACAAUAUCUACUCAUACCAUUCCGGAAUAUCGGAACGAUGAAGACGCGGAAGUACUCAAUAUUGAAACAAAUGAUUUAGAGGGUACGCAUGAAGAACUACUAGAAAUCAAUACUGCGUGCUCGCUACAUGUUACGCCCGAAAAUGGAGUACAGCAACUUGAUAAUUUGAUAAAGACCACACGAAACAUUUUGGAGAUUGAAAGUGACACCGACGAAAACACUGAAGAGGUAAUUUUCGAUCAUCCAGCUCUAACACGACGCAAAAUUGCAGCACAAAAUUUAAAAUCUCAAGCGGACAGGAUGGUAACCAGGGGAAAAGGCAUCCUCCCUCCCUUAAAAGUUGGUGACAAUGUUCUUGUGCCAAUUCCGUCGGUGGAUCGAGGGCGAGGAGAUGCAGCCAACCUUCUUUCAGUUAUAAUAGAAGAAAAUGAUGGCAAAUUUCGUAUUGCGACAAAAGAAGGGAUUCUGAGCACAUGGCUGGAGCGGAACAGUUUGGCUGCUACAAAGUACUGUUCCCUAACAACUGCAGACGUUCAAAAUUUAAAUGAAUAUACUUUACGGGAACUCGUUCGAUUAGGGUCAGUAGGAACCGGACAAGGAUAUCGACGUUGUACCUGCCGUACGAAUUGCACAUCAAAAAAGUGCACAUGCAAAAAAAAUGACAUGAUGUGCGUAAUUCGGCGUGCCAUCCCGGCCGUAGUUGUCAAAAUGUAUAGGUAA